AUGGCAGAUCGUACAGGCUUUGAUCCUCCCUCGAGGCAGAGCACUUCAUCUCCUAGUAAUAACAAUACUGCGAGUAUCAAUCAUCGUUCGAGCUUUGCGGAAAAUCUACGACAUUCACCACGAGCGCAAAGACAUCCAUCAUUUACACAAGCUGCCGUUCAAGAGCUACUCAAUCACCCUCCAGCUCCAAAAAAUGGAGACCCAAGAUUUGCAGGAAGGGACUGGAGACAAAUACAGGUUGGAGAACUUGUGCAAGAAACUGAUAUUCAUUGGUGUGAACUGGAUACAGAUGUAGAACAAGCGACAAAGGCACUGAUAGAAUCCGGUCCUCCCAAUGUGAUUCUCAUCCGCGAAACUCCAAAUGUUGCGACUGCUUGCGAUAGCUUCGACUAUAACGACCUCAAUGCAUAUCUACUGGUUGUCCUUGGAUUGGCAAAUCCCGAUGAAGAACAAAAAGAAACAUGGUCGCAAUUAGCAAGCAAAGCCCGAGAGCGCACACAAAUCCCACUACGAGAUGUAAUAACACUGGCCAAAAAGGAACCCCUCACAACACUUUCUCAAUCCGAAGAUCUCUCGAAGGCUGUAGAAAUAUUUGGCAGUGGUGUACAUCGAAUCCUUGUUUGCAAGCCGGGAACUACAAUAGUUGUGGGAAUCUUAAGUCAAUUGAAACUGGUUAAAUUCUUGUGGGACAACGGUAGCAGUUUUCCGGCUAUCGAUCAGUUGUAUCCAACUAUUCUACGGGACUUAAAUAUUGGGACACAGCAAGCUAUUGCAAUCAAUGGCGACAAACUUCUCACAGAUGCGCUUCAGCUCAUGAGCAACGAAGGAUUGACAAGUAUUGCAGUAGUUGACAACGCUGCAAAUGUUGUUGGCAAUAUUUCAGCAGCUGAUACUAAACUCCUUACACAUACAAGCAGUCUACCUCUCCUCCAAUCCUCCUGCAUACACUUCAUCUCUGUAAUCCUGAGCGAACGAGGUAUUGGCGACGGCAAAGACUCCUUUCCAGUCUUCCACGUCAACCCAUAUUCAACUCUCGCUCAUACAGUCGCAAAACUGGUCGCCACCAGAUCCCAUCGUAUGUGGGUCGUCGAAUCCGCAUCUCCAUCCCCAUCAGCUCCUGCAACCCCAUCCCUCGCACAUGCAUCUGUUGUUCAACAGCCAAGCGGCAGUGGCUCCGUACCACCUUCCCCCUCAUUCCCCGCCGUAUCCGCCGCGUCUCUACCUGGUGCACGUAUCUCCGGUCGUUUGACGGGCGUUAUUACGUUAUCCGAUAUCCUCAAUCUCUUUGCUCGCACAUCAGGUCUUAAUCCUAUGGAUCCAAACGAAACACGGGCGAGGAGAAGAAGGAGCUCAAGUGCUUCGUUAAGACCAAGCAUGGAUUCCUCAAGAGGGGAUUAUCUGGAUACAAUAAGGGGCGAGCGUGGAUCGAGCGUAGAUCUUAGGAGAUAA